CCAUCCAUUGACUCCAACUAAACCACUAAUAAAAAUAAACACCAUGACCACACACACUUUACUCACAGAAAUUAAGUAAUGGACUACACGACCAUCUUCAUCUUUCUCUCAAUCUUCAUAUCUUUUUAUACCUUCAUCACCAAAUCCGGCCACCGAAAGUCCACGGUGGCCGCUCCACCCCCACCGCCACCAGGCCCAUACCCGCUUCCAAUCAUUGGAAACAUCUUUAAACUCGGGGACAAACCACACCACUCAUUAGCGGCCUUAAGCAAAACAUACGGGCCGCUAAUGUCCCUUAAGCUCGGUAGCACCACCAUGACCGUUAUUUCGUCCCACAAAACAGCUCAAGAGUUCUUUUUAAAGCAUGAUAUGUCUUUCUCGAGUAGAUCAAUCCCCCACGCUGCCACCGCACACAACCGCCAUGAAAUCUCCAUGGUCUGGCUGCCCGUCGGCGAUCAAUGGCGAAGACUACGAAGAAUAUCUAAAGAACACUUGUUUUCCGUACGUCAACUUGAUGCUAGCCAAAACCUUCGCAAGAAAAAGGUUCAUGAGCUUCUUGAUUAUGUGCAUGGAUGUUUGGAAAGUGCUAAACCGGUCAACGUUGGUCAAACUGCAACUACUACAACUCUCAACAUACUUUCAAACUUCAUUUUCUCCACUGAUAUAGCUCAGUAUGAUUCACUUUCUUCUCAAGAUUUUAAGGAUCUUGUAUGGGGUUUGAUGGAGGUUGGUGGGACACCGAAUUUAGCCGAUUUCUUCCCGGUUCUUCGCCCAUUUGAUCCACAAGGAUUGCGAAAACAGGCUUGUUAUUAUACCGGGAAGCUAAUGGCGAUAUUCGAUCAGCAUAUAAGUGCGCGAAUAGAAGCGAGAACAAAAGGUUUAGUUGAUCAUGGUGAAGGCUCAUCAAGCAAGGAUCUUACGGAUUUGUUAUUGGACAUCAGCCAAAAUGAAGAAUCAUCGAUUAGCAUCGAUGACAUACGGAGCUUGCUCUUUGAUAUGUUUCUUGCAGGAACCGACACAACAUCGAGCACAUUGGAAUGGGCAAUGGCUGAGCUAAUCCAUAACCCUGCGAAAAUGUCGAAAGCCCGAUCCGAGCUCAUGGAAAUAUUAGGAGACGAAAACAAAAGUGUCGAAGAAUCAGACAUCCCGAGACUCCCUUAUUUACAAGCAAUUGUUAAGGAAACACUUCGUUUGCACCCUCCGGUUACCUUUCUAGUUCCUCAUAAAGCCAUAACCGACGUCGAGAUCCAAGGCUACAUGGUACGCAAAGACUCACAGGUCUUGUGUAACCUGUGGGUCAUGGGGCAAGAUCCCAAUGUAUGGUCGAACCCACAAAGGUUCGACCCAGAGCGAUUUCUUGAAACCGGAAUCGACUAUAAAGGUCAUGAUUUUGAGUUGAUACCGUUUGGUGCUGGAAGAAGGAUAUGUCCAGGAUUGCCUCUUGCUCAUAGAUUGUUGCAUGUGAUGUUGGGGUCUUUGAUUUACAAGUUUGAGUGGAAAAUUGACGGAGGACUGAGUCCACAAGAUAUGGACAUGAGUGAUAAGUUUGGGUUUACUUUACACAAAAACCUGCCCCUAAUGGCAAUCCCAGUCAAAGUUUGAUUUUUGUCAACAAUUUUAUUGAAAAGAAAGUUCAGUUAUGUCGUGACAAGUUUAAUAUUAUGUGUAUCGAUAUAGUUUUGUUGAAAAUCGAAAGAUCAGUCAAUUACUGUUA